CUUCGCGCGUCGAGCUAUCCAGUUGGCUCCAGUUUUUUUACUAAGCCCUUUAGUUUGCACAUUAGCACAACUCCAAUAAAUAUUUAUUAUAAUAUUUAAUAAUAAUUAUUAUUAAAAUAUAAUUAAUCAAAUCAAUUUAGAAUAAAUAUUAAAUAUUUAUUUGAAAAUUAAUUUAAAAAGUUACAAGGAAAUUAAGGUGACGCAUCUUUGCGUACCAAAACGGAGUUUUAAUAACUAAUAAAAUUUGUUUAAAAAAAAAAAAUAAAUAAAACAAAAAGCAAUUAAUUUGUGUUAUUAUUAUUUAUAAUUUUUUUAUAAAUAUUAAUCAACGUUUUAAAGUGUGAAUUUUUUGUUUUUCUUCUUUCUAAAAUAUAAUUAAUUAUAAUUAAUUUAUUUUAUUGUUUAUAAUAGUGUUUAUUUGUUUAUAAUUUUGUGUAAAGUGAUUAGAAAAAUGGCAAUGAUGAUGAAGAAUAAAGGAGAAUCAUUCAAGAUGUUUUUUUGGAGCUGUUUAAUCCUGUGUCUCGGCGCUUCUGUUCAAGGAGCCGGGUUAAAAGUUGAAAUGGAACUGUCAGCACCAGUUGUUCGUGAAGGUGGAAAUUUGACCAUCAGAUGUUGGACAGCAAAUACACCUCAUUCAUGUAUUAUAAAUCCUCCAAAUAAAGAUUAUGUAUCAUUAACAUCAGGAUUUAAAAAUGCAACAAAAGAUGGAGUUAAUUAUGAUGGUUCAAAUCUUGAAAGAGGUGAAUGUAUUGCUAGAAUUCCAUUUAUUGAAGAAAAACAUAAUGGUAAUUGGACGUGUGAUAUGUCAGCUGGACUUCAUAGUGGUUUAGCUGUUCGUGAAGUUGUUGUUGCAAAGGCACCUGGACAACCACAACUUGAGCUUAGCCGAACUGAAAUUAAUUCAAAAUAUCCAUACACAUACAGAAAAGGAGAGACAAUGAUCAUCACUUGUUCUGUUAAAACUGGACGUCCUGCAGCAAAUAUUUCAAUUUAUCUUGGUGAUGAACUUUUACCAGAAGAAAAUAAACCAUCAUACAAUAAUGGUGUCCAGGAUAAUUCACAAAUGACUAGAGGUACUGCAAAACGUACAAUGCAAGUUAAUGAUAAUAACAAAGAAGUUAAAUGUAUUGCAAAUCAUGUUGCACUUAAAAAUCCACUUGAAUCAAUCAAACAAAGAGUUGAAGUUUGGUAUGAACCACAGCCAAUUGAAGAACAUCCAAUUCAACAUUAUGGCUUUAGAAUUGGACAUGUUGAAACAAUCAAAGUUGAAAUUGAUGCUAAUCCACAACCAGAAUUUGUUUGGUCUGUUAAUAAUCAAGAAAUCAAAGUUGGUCCUUAUCAAAAUCAACGUAUGAGAGUUUUACCUAUUGAACCAGUGGGAAAUGGCUUCACUGGAAAAUGGCUUGCCCAAUUGGAAAUUGACAGUGUUCAAAAAUCUGAUACUGAAAAUGAAUAUACACUUGUUGCUAAAAAUUAUGAAGGUACUGCAGCACCAUAUAGAAUCAAAAUUUCAACAUCAACAGAACCAGAAAGAGGACAAUUUGCUGGUCUAUAUGAAAGACUCUCAGCGAGUAUUAAAACUCUAGCAUCCACAACAGUGCUUGGUUCUGGUUUUGGUGCUGUUCAUAUUGUUGGAAUUGUCGUUGCAGCAUUGGCACUUUGUCUACUUGUAUUUAUUGGUGUCUUUGCUCGUGCAACUGGGCGUUGGUGCUUUGCAGCGAGACGUCGCAAUGAUGAGGAGACUGCUGGUGGUGCUGGUGCUGGAAGUGAAGCACAUAUAACACCUGAUGACAAUGAUUUUGAAGCACCACAUUAUGAUGAAAAAAUACCACAUGGAGGACAGGAAAAUCCAAUUCAUGCUAGUACGGAAUAUGUUAAUGGAAAAAAUGACAUCAAGGACGUCAAAAGAAUGGAUGAAAAGAAGACGGAUACACCCGUGUAAUAAAUUUCAAUUUAACAAAAAAAAAAUUAAAUUAAAUAAACUUAAAAUGUUUAUUAAAAACAUUAUAAAAAAAAGAAAAAAAAAUAAUAUAUUUAAAUGUUUUUUAUUGUGAGUGUCAUGCCCAAUAAAUGAUAUUUAAAAAAUUUUUUUUUCUUUUUUUUUCUUUAAUUUAAAGAGUGCGCUACUUUGUUAUCUCUUUAAUUGAGAUAAUACUGAGAACUAGAAAAAUAAUCUUAAAAUUUUAAAAUGUUAAUACUCGUUAUUUGCGGGGAUAAAAAAAAAAAAAAAAACGAUGGAAAAUAAUAAUUAUAUAGACUUUUUGUAAUCCGUGGAAAAAAAAAGAUAAGUUUUUUUUUUUUCAAACUGAAAAUUAAAUAAAUAAAUAAAUAUGGAUUUGAAAAUGAAAUUAAAUUUUUUUUUAAUAUCGCGAUAGACUGAUAUUCAGGCAGCUGUUAUUUUAAUUUAAUUAUUUUCAUUGUGUAAAUGUAUUUUUUUUUUUUCAAAUAUCAAUCUAUCGUGGAAUUAAAAAAGUAAAUAAAUUUUAAUUAUUUAUUUAUCUAUUUAUUUAUUGAUUUUUUUGUUUAAAAAAAAAAUGUCGAUUUUAUAAUCUAAUAAUGUCAAAUUUCAUUUAACGAUAAAAAAUUAAUUUUUUCAUAUUUAUUAUUAUUUAUUUUCCAGAAAAAAAAAACAAAAAGAUCAAUCGUUUGUUUGAGAUUAACACUGCUUUAUUUGUACUAAACCAUUCCUUCCAAUUAUUAUUUUUUUUCUUUUUUAAUAAUUAUUUUUUUUGUUCACAUUUGUAUUCUUUUUAGCUCGUAAGUUACUUUUCAAUUAAUGUGCACCAGUGUUUGUGUGUGAUUACAUUUUAUUGUUCUCACAAAACAAAAGAAAAAAAAAGUAAAAAAAGAAUCUCAAUUGAAUCUCUUUUUAAUUUAUGUAGAUUUUUUUUUGUCAUAAAUAUUUUUUUUAAUAUAGAUAAAUUUAAUUUAUCAAUAGAAAAUUGUUUUUUUUGUUUUGCAUAAAAACUAAUAAUUGAUAAGUUAGAUUAAUAAUUUAUUUUAUAAUCACAGCCUUUUUUUAAAUGCAUUUUUUAUCUCAUUAAAUAUUAUCUCGGACUGAUUAUUAACAAUUUAUUAUUAAUAAACUGUACUUGAGAAAAAUAAUUAUAAUAUUUCAACGAUAAAAAAAAACAACAACAUUCCAAAAAAUAUCAACAACUUUUUUAUUUCCUUUCAUAUACAAUGUUUGUAAUAAUAAAAAUAUAAAAACGAAAAAAAUAAUUUUCCUUUUUUUUAACGUUGAAAUAAUGCUAAUUAUAAAUUAAUAAAUAUAAUUAUUAAUAUUAAAUUUUAAUUUAUCAUUUUUUUCACAGCAGUUUAUUUCAAAGAUUAUCAUAAGCUGUAAUAAUCAUGAUUUCUAAAAAAUCAUCACUAUUCAAUAUAAUGCUUUUUUUACAAUGCACUAUUUUAAAAUUAAAUUAAUUUACAAGAAAAUAAAAGAAAAUAAUAAUUAGUUAUAUUAAUAAAUAAUAAAAAAUCAAUAAUUUUUUUAUUCAAUUUAUUACUUCGACAAUAACGAUUAUUUGUACUUUUGUAAUGGCAGUUUUUACUUGUUCUUAUGACUAUUUAUAACAAACAUCAAAAAAAAACAAAAAUACUAUAAAUAAAAUUUAAAAAAUCCUCGUUCAAUUUUAAUUUCAGCGCACUCUCAAUUAAAAAUUAAUUAAACAAAUUUUUUUUUUAUAUUAUUCAAAUACACUGAAUACACAAUUUAAUUAAAUUUUCAAUUAACAUUAUUAUUUUUAUUAUUAUUUGAAUCCUUAAUAAAAGUAUUUGUCUGUCGAUUAAAGGGCCACAUAACUUUGUGUUGUAUAUAUUAAAAUAUAUAUAUAUAAAAAAAAAAAUAAGAUAUAUUAUAAAUACUGCGGAAAAAUAAAAACAAAAAAAAUAUUAUUAUAAUAAUAAAUAGCUGAAUAAUAUUAAUAAUAAUAAUAAUAAUGCGAUGUGAUUAUUAUAAUUGUGUCAAAGGCACUUGGUUUGCAAUAAAUAAUAAGUAAAUUGCAUCCAUAAUGUCGAGGACCUAUCGUUAUCCAUAUUAACAGAGAAAAUAUUAAAAAAUAAAAAAUAGAGAACGAGGAUUAUAUAGAGCUGUUAAAUGUAAGCACUUUGUCAACAUAAUAAAUAAAUUAUAAAUGUUUUUAAUAUAAUAAAAGAGAAUAAUAAAAAAAAAAAAUUCAUCAUCAUUAAAUAUUGUCAAGUUUUAAUAGAGAAAAUUAAUAUUAAAAAAAAAUUUAUAAAUCAUAUUAAAAUGUUUCUCAUUUAUGAAAUUAUAAUUGAGAUUUACUUAUUUUCUUUUUUUUAUUUUAUUUUCUUCUUCAAAUGUUUCAAUGAAUUUUUAAAAUUUUAACAAAUAUAUAUCCGAAUUGAUGUUUAACAAUUUUAAAGUUAUAUAUAUUUUAUAAAAAAAAAAACAUAAACUAAAAAAUAUUAAAAAUUGAUUAUCAAUUUAGCACUGGUCCAAUCAUAAAUAUCAAAAAAAAAAAAAAAAACGACAAACAAUUUCAAAAACACUGCCAAAGCCAAGUAAAAUUUUCAAAUUUAAUUAUCGUUAAAAUAUAAAAAAUGAUUUAUCAAUUUAAUCAUCAUGGAAAAAUUCUUGAAGAAAAUAAAAAAAAUAAAAAAAACGUAAUUCAAUUAUUCAAAUAAAAUACUAAGAAAAAAAAUUUUUUAAAAAUAAUUUACACUGUAAGAUUAGUUAUAUCUAUAAAUCAAGAAAAUAAAAAAAAAAAAAAAACAUUUUAAAAUGUACAAAGAAUCUUUGCGUAAUAAGAUUCAUAAUAUUAUAAUAAAAAAAAAAAAGUUAAUUGUAUUUUUUAUUUUUCCUUAUAAUUAUUUUCACUGAUAUUUAAGAUAAUUAUUAACAGGAUAAUUUUAAUCAACCGUGUUGGUAUUUUACUUAAUUUUUAACACAAUGAUCAUGCUAAAAGAAAAAAAUCAAGUAUAAAUAAAUUGUUUAUAUCUGCCGAUGUAAAAAUGGCCCAAAGUCAUUUAAAUAAUCUAUAUAUAUUAUUUGUGGGAAGUGACUCGCUUUAAAUAAAUAAAAUAAUUAAUAUUUAAAUAAAUGGUAUUAAGAUGAUGAAAAUAAAAAUACUAGAUAAUCAUCACACAUACUCGAUGGAUUUUAAAUUAAAACUAAAAUAUAUAUUAAAAUUUUUAAAAACAAAUUGUUUAUUAAAAAAUUCAUAAGCAUGAUCGUUGGCCAUACAAUGGAGUACAUGAUAUAUAUAUAUAAAUAAACAAGCUAAAGAUACAACAAUUAAAAAUUAAAAAUUACAAAAGCCACAUAUAUAUUAUUUAAAAAAAAAAAGGAAUCAACAAAGAAAAUUUUAAUCAAUCAGAUUCGAAAAAAAAAAAAACAUAAUUUCUUUUGUGUUGAACCAUUUGAUACAAUUUUACAAUAAUUUUUUUCAAUAAUUUUGUUAUUUGAUUGAAACAAUUUACCAAUAAAAAAAUAUAUAUAUAUAUCAGAGGUCAUUUUUAAAUUUAAAAAAUAAACGAAAAACUUUUAAUUAAAACGAUACGAAAUGAGUUGUUGGUCUGAAUAUAAAAAUGAAAUAAAAAAAAAAAAGGAUAUGACUGUUGAUGGCAUUUUCAAUCUGCAUGUGUAGAUACAAAAAAUAAAAAAAAUAAUAAAAUAAAA